AUGGCGUCCGUCGUCGACGUCCGUUUCGAACACUACCAUGCUCGUAACACGAUCGGGAUCCAUGAACACUCGCCUCGCCUGUCGUGGCGAAUCAAGGAUACUCGGGAUACUCCUGGUGGCUACAGGCAAAGCGGGUGCGAAAUCGAGCUGUAUGAAGUCAAGACCGGGUCGGGAUCUCAACAUCGCCAGUGUCUCUUGUCAACCGCAAAGCUCUCGACAUCAUCAUCUACGCUCGUCCCGUGGCCAUUUGAUCAAUUCCUUCGAUCUCGUCAACAAAUUUCUGUGCGCGUGAGGGUUUGGGACUCUGCCGACGACACCACCACCACAGCCACGCCGUGGAGCGAGCCUUCCGUUUUAGAGACCGGUCUGCUAGAACGAAACGACUGGAUAUGCGACCGAAUCGCCGCACCCUGGGCAGGAGACGCAGCUGGACCACAGCCAGAGCACCUGUUCCGGAAGGAGUUUUUGCUUGUAAAUGCUGCGGUUGACCACGCCCGUUUGUACAUUACGGCCCAGGGGGUGUAUGAGGCGGAAAUCAAUGGCCGCAGAAUCGGGGAUUAUUUUCUUGCACCCGGCUGGACAGCGUACGACCGCAGGCUACAGUACCAGACGUAUGACGUCACAGGUGACCUUUUGGCUGGCUCGAAUUGCCUCGGCGUUCGCAUCGCGGAGGGCUGGUUUUGCGGGCGCAUCGGCUUUGAAGGCGGCCGGCGCAAUAUCUGGGGCCCGCACCCGGCACUAGUGGCACAGCUCGAAGUUACGUAUACGGACGGCCAUGUACAAACGAUCCGCACUGAUGGUUCCUGGAUUGUCACGGAAGGCCCCAUCCGGCUCGCAGAAAUAUACGAUGGCGAGAAGUACGACGCCACAAAGGAGUUGGACGGCUGGUCGUCCGUAUCUACCGCCACCUUGGGGUCCCAUCAGAGCGGGUUGCCAAGACCUUCUGACUGGCAGCCUGCCCUGGUAAUGCCACGAUUGUCCGACGUGGUAGAGUUGACAUGCGGCUUUGGCGAGCCUGUACGGCCUUUGGACGUGAUCAAGCCUCUUGCGUUGAUGCUGACGCCUUCGGGAAAAACGAUUAUCGACUUUGGCCAGAAUCUGGUAGGCUAUGUCCGACUUGGAAACAUCAGAGGACCACGGGGCCACAAAAUCACAAUCUCCCAUGCCGAGGUCCUGGAAGACGGCGAACUGUGCACGCGACCACUGCGUAUCUGCCAGGCCGUAGACGAAUUCACACUUCGAGGCAGCAGCAGCAACAACAAUUCGGCAAGCGAGCAGUAUCAGCCGCGCUUUACAUUUCACGGAUUCCGUUAUGCCCAGAUCGAUGGAUGGCUCACCGACAACGCCAGCGCUGACCUCCUCUCCUCCGUCGAAGCAGUCGUCUGCCACACAGACAUGAGCAGUGCCGGGUCCUUUUUGUGCUCCGAGCCGCUUCUCAACAAGCUGUACGAAAACGUGAGCUGGGGAAUGAAGGGCAAUUUCUUGUCUGUACCGACAGACUGCCCGCAGCGGGACGAGAGGCUGGGAUGGACGGGCGACUUGGCUCUGUUUGCGCCGACCGCGGUGCUCGUCUACGACUGUUUCGGCAUGUUGCGCAACUGGCUCAUCGACGUCGAGCACGAUCAACGCGUCUUGGGAGGCGUUCCGCCCAUGGUGAGCCCGAACGCGACGUUGCCGGAUCCAGUGUGGUGCCGGAGAAUCCCGUGUGCCAUCUGGCACGAUGUCACGAUUCUCGCGCCCUGGGCGCUGUAUCAGGAGACGGGCGAUGCGAGCAUUUUGGCGCAGCAGUACAAUAGCAUGCGAAUGUGGAUGGACAAGCUGCCGAGAAACAAGACGGGCGCCACCCACUUGUGGGAUACGAGCGUGUUUCAGCUUGGUGAUUGGCUCGACCCUGCUGCUCCGCCCGAUCAGCCCUGGAAAUCCGCCACGGACGCCAAGAUGGUUGCAAACAUGUUCCUCAUCCAGAGCCUCGACCUGAUGUCGCGCAUCGCCAGCAUUCUCCAAAAACCUGACGAGCAAGCCGGUCUGUACGCGGCAGAUGCCGUCGCCACACGUACACAGUUCCACCAAGAAUACGUCACCGCAAAUGGCCGGCUCGUCUCCGACAGCCAAGCUGCCUACGCCCUGGCCAUGGGUCUCGACAUUCUCGUCGACCGCGAGCAGCGUGUGCGUGCCGGUGCCCGUCUCGCGGAGCUCGUCCGCAAGAACAACUUCCGCAUCGGUACCGGGUUUGCCGGUACGCCGUUUGUAUGCGAGGCGCUAGCCGCGACUGGCCAUGCCCAGGUGGCGUUUUCGAUGCUGCUAGAGCGCGGCUGCCCGUCGUGGCUGUACACUGUCGAGCAAGGGGCGACAACCAUGUGGGAGCGCUGGGACAGCCUGCUGCCGGACGGGCGGGUCAACCCGGGCGAGAUGACGAGUUUCAACCACUAUGCCUUCGGGGCGGUGGCCAAGUUUCUGCACGAACGGGUGGCAGGGCUACGACGGGUUACACCGGGGUGGACAGAGUGUGUUGUCGAGCCGGCGGUAGGGGCCACCUUUACGUCGGCUUCGUCAGAACACGUCACACCGCGCGGAACCAUUUCAUGUUCUUGGAAAACUCACGUACUCAACCAAGCUGGUACAGAGGGCCUAGAGGCAAUGGAGUUGAGCAUCACAGUGCCCAGGGGUACCACCGUUAAUGUCGUUCUUCCGACAUGUGAAGGCACAAAAACACAGUCUGUCGGUACCGGUUACUGGUCGCUAAAGACGGAGUUUAAGAGGAACUACAAAUGGCCUGUUCCAGCUUUGAAGCCAAAGUCGUAA